AUGCUAUACUACAAUAUAACUAGAUAUUUUCUGUUAUUCAUUUAUUUAUUUGAAUUAACAACUGGAGGCUCACAUCAACGUCGCUUGCUAAAAUAUUUACUUGAAGAACAACAAUAUGAUCCGCUUGAAAGACCUGUUGUUAAUGAUUCAGAUACAUUACUAGUAUCAAUGAGUUUAGCUAUUCAACAAAUCAUGGAUUUUGAUGAAAAGAAUGAAAUUCUUGCUCUUAGUGGUUGGUUAGUAUUUGAAUGGUUUGCUUAUAAUUUACGAUGGAAACCAGAAGAUUAUGGAGGUAUUCAAUCAAUUCGUUUACCAAGUACCCGUAUAUGGACGCCAGAUGUUGUUCUUUAUAAUAGUGCAAGUGAAAAUUUCGAAGGUACAAUGAAAACAAAUUUAGUUGUACAAUCUAAUGGUACUAUACUAUUUGUUCCACCUGGUGUUAAUUUAACAACUAAUAGUGAUACAGGUCAAUUAGAUGCAUAUAUUAAAAAUGCUGAAUGGGAUUUAGAAGCUUUUGUUGCAGUAAGACAAGCAUUCGUUUAUGAAUGUUGUCCAACUGUAUAUCCAUUUGUUCUUUUUACUAUUCAAAUACGUCGGCGUACACUUUAUUAUGUAGUGAAUGUUGUUGUACCCUGUGUUCUCAUUAGCUCUAUGACUGUACUUGGUUUUCUUCUUCCACCAGACAGUGGUGAAAAAUUAACAUUACAAAUAACAAUACUUCUUUCAAUAGUCAUGUUCAGUUUAUUAAUCUCGGGCAUUAUACCAGCAAGUUCAACAGCAUUACCAACAAUUGUUAUGUAUUUUGCAACAGUUAUGUGUUUGUGUACAAUGUCAGUAAUUGCUACUGUUUUCGUACUUGUUCUUCAUCAUCGUAAUGCUAAGAGUCAUACAAUGCCUAUGUGGGUUAAAGUAUAUGUCAAUCAAUAUCUUGCAUGGUUUUUAUGUAUGAGUCGUCCAGAACAUGAUUUAAGUUGGAGAGCAAUACGUUCUCAACAUCAUCGUACAAUUGAACGACAAAAUAGUAUAACAAGUAAUCAAAAAUGUUUAGCAACACCACUAUUAGCUCAUUCAUCAAAAUCUUUAUUAGCUAAUGUAACUGGUAGUGAUGAUCAACCGUAUAUUCAUACAAGUAGUACAUUACCAACUAAUGUAACGAAUCACAUUGCUCUACGUCAACAACCUAAAUGUAAAAAUCCUCAUCAUCAUCAUGAUCCAAAUGAAAUAUUACUUCCACGUGAUAUGCGUGUAUUUCGUUCUGAAAUGCGUGCUAUGAUAUCAGAACUUCGAAUACUUACAGAUCAUGUUAAAAAAGAAGAAGAUGAAGAUGAUAUAUCACAAGAUUGGAGAUUUUCAGCUAUGGUUCUUGAUCGUUUAUGUCUUAUUAUAUUUAGUAUAUUGACAACAUUGUUAAGUUAUGUAACACUUUUUUCUGCAAAAAAUUUUUUCAAACUUCGAUAA